AUGGCGCGGAUGGCAGACCACCACGGGUUGAUACAGAAUGUGGAGCAUCCCCUGGCGCAGCUUGCUGGCGGAGGACAGGUGGCAUCGAGCUUCGAGCAACUAUCGCCCUUGCAGCAGCAUCUGGACACUCUUCGUGGCUCUAUUGACUCCAUGAACGCGGCAUGGGGCAAAGGCCGAGAAGUCAUGGAACGGACUUAUGGAAGAGCUCAUGUGCUGAAGCAGCAACUGGAUUCGACGUGGCAAACAGGGCAAGCUGCGCUCGACGCAGCUUGCCGACGGCUUCGUGACAAUUUGGACAAGGCUGGAGAGGACCGAAUACUCUGCGAGGAGGCGCAAUCCAGCGUAACGGAGGGCUUACCAGCCCUGUUCCUGAAGCGCUUCAAGGACCCUAUGCGCUUUGCCACCUUCCAGGGAGGUGUCAUCCAUGGAUGUCAACCUUCGCAGUUCGGCUCUGCACAAAGCGAUGAGUGCAGCUGUCCCGCUGGGCAUGAAGAACUUGGCUGCCAAGAUUCCACAGAUACCUCAAGCUUUCAACUGAAAUGUAGCAACGUGCUCAACACGCAGAUUCCUUCUGCGGGUUAUCUGGACUUCUUCAAGUCUGGUGGAGCAUGCAGCAUCUCGGGGCAUGAUGACAUUGUGAAGCAGGUCGUUGAUGACGACAUGCUCAAGAAUCUGCAGGCCCAUGGUUUUCCAGGAAGAUGGACGUGCCAUUUCGCCGAAGCUGCCCGUCCAUGA